AUGGGUCUUCGAGGACUUAUUCAUCCAAUAGCAGUGGGAGAAGCUUCCUGGUUCCUUCCGAAACAUCGAGUCUUAGAAGUGUCAGGUUUCCUAGGAAAUCCUCCUUUCCGUGAUGCUAGCUGGUCUAGCCGGGUGAAGGACACUGAUAGCGUGUAUUACACUCCCAAGUCGAUCCCGUAUUCCGCUGCAGCUAUCCGAGACGCAAAUCCCUGGAUCCUACCACAUUUUUCCUACCACAAACUUUCCCUCGACACAUCUGAAUUACCGUCUCCUGCAGAAAGGCAAAACUUCGAGGAAAACAAUACUGAAAACAACAACAAAUCCAUGUUCCUGACAUUUGAAGAUGACCAAACAACCUACACCAACUUUGCCAUCGACCUUCCUUUGGGAAUCAGGGGAUUUUGCACUCCAAGAUUUCUUCACAGCUUAGCGUCAUUACUUGACGGACUUGAACCCAAGCAUCCCAUCCAGAUCAUGGAUGCUCUUCAAAAGGAUGUCGUUUCCGAUAUUGUGGGAUAUGACAAGGCCAUGAGCCAACCAAAGAAAACCACCGCUCUAGCCCUGCGCAUCCCAAGCAUUCAACUGAGAGUGGUCGACGUCUCUGGGUCCUGUGAAAACCCACAAAUCAAGUUUCGCGACGUUUACGCCAUCCAGCUCUAUCGACUUCGUCUCAAGCAGGGUGUCACAGUCCACGCUGCAGCAGAUCACGCAUCCAUCGCGGUGGAGGGUGGCCGAGCAGACGCAUUCCAGGAGAAAGCCGUCUUCGACUGCGAGCUAGGUGACAUGAACUUUUGGUUGGUUACCACACCCAAUAUCCGGUCCAACCUUCAAAUGCGGUACUUCAAUACGGUCACGUCCGCCAAGUCUGUCGAAGGUCUGGCUUUGCUUGUUCGCCGAGCGACGACAAUGUUUGACUCGGUGGCCUCGUCUUUCCAACAAGUGUCAUUAUCCAGCAAACGACGUCUUCGACUUCUGCUCUACUUCGUCACGCAGUCCGCUACUGGUAUUCCAGAUCCCACAUUCUUGACACGCAUAUCUUAUGUACUGAGAGUUGCCUCGGCCCAUCUACGACAGCAUGACUCUUGGAAGAUCAUCUCUCGUAUUCGAAAUGUCUACAAGAAUCUUCCAGCGCACCUUAAACGGGAAUUGGAGAGGAACUGCCAGGGUGACAAUUUGCAGUUACCUUCCAACGCCAAGUCGACGGUUUUGACUGGAUUCGAUCAGUGGCGAGCCUGGGACCUAGCCCACGUUGAAAAGAGCUAUGUAAUGCGCAAGAUAUGGUCGACGCAAGAGUCUCGGCCUGCGACGAAGGAGCCCUCCCUGUCAUUGUCUUGCACAAUCAAAACCUUCAAGUUCUCUUUGGAUCCCGGCCCAAGAGAAAGCGAUCUCAUCAUUGAGAACUUGUCGACCAUCACGUCAGUAAUACCAGAUAUGGCAAUACAGGGAGAGAGUCCAAAGAAGCAUAAGAAGGUUGUCAGUUGUCAGGUGUAUAACUCCUCUUCAGCUUUACGUCUUCGAUGGGAGAUUGUGGAUCUAGUUGAAGGUGUGAUGAAAGUGAUGUCGAAUAUCACACUGGAAUCCAAGCCCGAGGAAACACCAACUGCGGUCAAAGAAACGAAGCCCACUGAACUGCAAUUUGUUUUUGGCACCGACUUUGGAUCCAUCACCCUUGAUGGUAUCAACGUCAAGCUUGCUUUGGUGUCGCGAUCUCUACGUGGUUCAGUCGUUCACAGUUCCUCGGGGCUUAAAGAUGCAACUACCGAAAAGCUUGCUCUUUUGUUUAGUGCCGCGUCCUGCUCUUCGGAGUUUCUGAGUCAAUCGACGACCCUCCUGCUGUCCAAGAUCGCAGAUCCUUAUCUCUUCUUCUCGCUUCUUUCUGAAGAAGAUGCCGCUAAGUGCAAGCGUGACUGGAAGAUCACCAGCUCAUGCAAGAAACUUCGCUUCAAUAUGAUGCAGGAUCCAGUCAGCCUGGCACAUACGGCUGAUCUCCUAAUAGCAGAUGAAGUCAGGUACAUCCGACAACUCAUGGAGAAUGUCAAGAUCCCCAAGCAAGAUCUUGAUGUGAGUUCUGUCGCAUCCAAGAAGUCAACUAGUAACAAUGUCAAUGUCGCAAUGUUCCUAGACGAUUAUAGGCUAAGCUUCAGCCUUUUGCCGUCUUUGAAUUAUCUGAUGAUCGGCGACGUGGCACGAAUGUCCGUGAUGCCAACCGAGAACUCUAAGAUCGAAGUCGAUUUCGACGUCAAGAAGAAUUUCCACAAAUUCAUGUCUGGCGAUGGUGCCCGAUCUCACGCUUUGUCGGUCCUUGAGAUACCCCCAACCAAUGGCCGAAUUCUGGCAAAUCUCUUGCCCGACCGGAAGGAGGUUGAGGUCGACAUGACCAUAGAGCUCAUUCAACUCGAAGCCAGUGCAGUGCGAAGUCUUCUCGCCGUACUGACUGGUCCCGAUAUCUCGCACCUUCUUUCGGACCUCAAGCAGAAUGUUGGCGUUGUAAAAUCUCAUCUAACAGAUGUGCUUUCUUUGCAGAAAGAGUCGCCGAAGCCCAAGUCAACCACAGACGAUACUGUUGUGCUAUACAAGUCCCGUCUCACUAUGGCAGGAAUAGAGAUCCACGCCAUUGCCCCGGGUCUGAAAGGACGGAACUACUCAGCAGAAAUGCUUCUCAGUCUGGGUAUGAUGCAGAUGCGCCUCCAGAAUGGCCUCGACCGCGGCUAUACGAUGGAGUACCCGGAAUUCAGCGUUGAUGCCUCUCAAAUCAAUUUCGAGCUACGCAGACGUGAGCGAUCAAAAAGCACGUUCUAUGGUGGGCUUUCAGCAGCACUCAAACUACUUGGGACUUCAACCGUUCGUGAGAAUGGGGAAGUCAUGCGAGCAUAUCACUUCACAAGUGAUAAGUUUGACAUAGAAUUGUUUACUGAAACCGCUGCUUUGGUAGUCGAUAUUGCAAUUUACACGCAAGAACGGAUCAAGACGCUGGAUCUGUCGCAUGAAGUCAAGCGGCUUAGGAGGUUACGACAUCGCAACCACGACGCACCGGAAAUUCCAUCUGAGACUCCUGAGAUUCAUUUGAACGAUGAUGAUAAUCCGCAGGCAUUUUUGAAUGCUUUGUACUCCUUGCAGUUCCUGGAUAUCCAAGUUGCCUGGAAUAUGCCCGCAGCAUUGUCCGGUGGUUCAGGCAGACAGCCUGAGGAUCUGGUCUUUUCGAUCCAGCAGGUUGAGCUGUCUAACAAGAAGAAGAACGCGGCUAAACUUCGCAUUGGGGAUAUGCAACUACAAAUGGUUCCAUCCCGGGCAGACAGGAAACAACGCUCCCUCAAUUCCGCACUCAUGCCAGAGCUUGUUUUCAAUGUUGCUUACUAUUCCAGCGGCAAGGAUACAUGGCUUGCAUUCCAGGCAGCUGGCAAGUCGCUGGAUAUUCGAGCGACGUCCGAAUUCAUCAUUCCAGCGAACAUGAUACGAAAUUCCAUGGCCUCUGCAUCUGAUGCUCUCCGGGAAGGCAAAGCUGCUUGGGCGACCAAGUCAUCUCCAGAUGAUGAUAAUGGCACCAAUAGCAAUAAAGAUCGCAAUCUUUUCGGUAACCGACGCUUGCGGUCUGUCUUUGUGGAUGUCGAUUUUGCAGGAGCCACUGUCACACUGCAAGGCAAACAAGGGCAUGACUCUCAGAGCUUGCUGGCCUCCACGUUCAAGGGCAGCCGGAUCUCAGAAGGUAAAUACGGACAAUAUGUCCAAGGCGAUUCGGCGACGACAGCAACCCUUCGCGCCCCAGGUGUGGCAUUGAAGGUUCACUUCGAAGACAAUGGGUCUGAUGAUCCGGCCCUCAACGCUGAACUAAAGGUUGAUCCGUCCACGAAUGUGCUCUAUCCGACAUUGGUGCCCUUGGUUAAGCAGAUGACUGCUACCGUGAAAGAGAUCAUGAGUAAACAGCAAAGUCAGCAAGGCCAGCAAAGCCAACACAAUCAACAGCAGAGCCAACCACAUCGAAACCGCCGCCCAUCUGCGGCUUCUAAGCUGCAACCCCAGAAGCUGAUGCAAGAGACUCGGUUUGGAGCACAAGAUCCAACAUCAAUUUUGGGUCGAUGCAAGGUGAAUUUGGGAUUAUUGUUCAACAAACAAGAGUUCAGUCUGAGCUGCCAGCCAAUUGCCAGAGUGGCCGCCACAGCACGAUUCGAGAGCGUAUACGUGACAGUCAACACCGUUCAAUCAGCAGAGCAAGCACGCUUUCUGGCCUUGUCUUUGGCAUUCAACAACCUAGAAGCUUCAGUCAAACAUGUGUACUCUAAUGAGUCUACGGCAAGCUUUGAAGUCAAGUCUAUGGUGCUGUCACUCAUGAACAGCAAGCAUCUUGGUCGCAUGAGCGGGAUGUCGGCUAUUUUGAAAGUCAGCCCCAUGAAAGUUUCACUGAAUGCGAAGCAAGUGCAAGACUCGCUACUGUUCCAAGAAAUUUGGCUGCCUUCCGAUGAUGAGUCUAGCCCUGCUGCGACUCCCGAGCCGCCUGCGCCUGCACCUACGCCUGAGUCUCAUCAGCCAUACAUUGUUCAACGAUAUCAACAAGUUGCCGCGGCGUCUGCAUUCCCUUGGAAUACCACUAUUGCUAUUGAGAAGCUUGAGAUUCAACUUGAUCUAGGCUCAACUCUUGGAAAAGCGCAAUUCGCUAUUGACAACGUAUGGGUGUCAUCGAACAAGACUUCCGACAGCGAACAGAGCAUGUGCAUCAACUUUGAUAGUGUGAGUAUCGAAAGCAAGGGCCGUCUGAGUGGAGUUGUUGAGCUUCGAACUUUCAAAGUCCGCACCUCUAUUCAAUGGCCAGAUGAGAAUGACGAGGCUAUGCAUACCCCUCUCAUUCAGGCAUCCAUUGCCUUCCAUCACCUCCAGGCCAAGGUGUCCUUCGAUUACCAGCCUUUCCUUGUCGCACACAUUGCAAUGUUCGACUUCUUGAUGUACAAUGUACGCGAAUCCUCUGGUAAAGACAAUCAGCGACUCUUCAGUAUCUUGGAAGGAGACGAGGUGCAGGUUUUCUGCACAUCUUUGACUGCCUCACAAACACUGGCUCUAUAUCAGGCCUGGCAGCGACUGGUGCAAGACAAAAAAUCUGCGUAUGAGGCAUCACUCCGUGAAGUGGAACGAUACCUUCGGCGCAAAUCCACCAUGCACGCAGACCGAACAGAGGUUCAAACGAAGGAACUUGCCAAGAAGAGCGAUGAAGAGUCUGAACAGGCGCCAAUUUCGCUGCAUACCGGGGUUGUCGUCAAUAUCCGCCAUGUCAAUCUCGGCGCAUUCCCGAGUACCUUCUUCGACAACCAGAUUUUCAAAGUGGAGGCAUUCGAUGCCCAAGCCCGAUUUGCUGUAUCGCUUGAAUCAGACAAGAUUCAUAGCGCUUUAGGCCUAACUUUAGGCCAACUUCGCGUGGCACUCUCUGGUAUCAGUCGACCUAGCGCCGCCCAGCUUGAGGAGUUGUCGGUGGACGAGAUGGCCGAACGUGCUGCCAACUCCCGCGGAGGGACCAUCCUCAAAGUUCCUCGACUGGUCGCUGGAAUGGAAACAUGGCAAGUCCCCGGAACCAGGCAAAUUGACUACAUAUUCCGCAGUACCUUCGAGGGUAAAGUGGAUGUGGGCUGGAACUACUCACGCAUCAGUUUCAUCCGCGAUAUGUGGGAAACACACUCUCGGGCCUUUGCUUCCCGACUUGGUAAACCGCUCCCGCCAUCUGCCGUGCGCAUUACCGGUGGGCCCGGCAGUAGCAGCGCCGAAGGGAGUGGAUCUGGACCUGAGCAGCAGGAGAAGAUUACCGCCGUGGUCAAUGUGCCACAAUCCAAGUACACUUACACGGCUCUUGAGCCGCCCGUCAUCGAGACGCCCCAGCUGCGCGACAUGGGCGAAGCAACACCACCACUGGAGUGGAUUGGGUUGCAGCGUGACAAGCUCCCCAAUAUCACGCACCAGAUUAUUAUCGUUACGUUGUUGGAGAUUGCGAAGGAGGUGGAGGAUGCAUAUAAAACGAUCCUUGGAGCGUAA